UUCAUAUAUUGGAUGUCCGAACCGGCAUCUACUAAAUAUUCCGCCAUCCUUCUAUCCGCAGCGCAACCAUAUAUCCAAUACAUCCAUUCAGCAUCUGUCAAUCUGACCUCUGUCUCCUUCACGGGUCCGACGCGCGCCGCAGAGCUUAAAGGAUGAAGAUUGAAAACAGCCUGCCUUGCUCUCAGCUCCCUGAGGCUCCUCCUCAGACCGGUCUACAGUUUACAGUGGCCACAGAGGAGGACUUUGAUGACAUUAUGGCCAUGAGCAAGGACAUCUAUGGCGGUCUGGACUAUCUGCCCUCCCGCUAUCAGGCUUGGCUGCAAGAGGGCAACCGCACUGUCAUUUUGGCUCGCAAGCAAGGGAAAGUGAUUGCGCUGGAGUCGGUGUGUGUCAUCGAUGAUGGCGAGACCAUGCUGGUGGAAGGGCUUCGUGUUGCCCCACAGGAGAGGGGGAAAGGUGUAGCUGGGGUACUUCUGCGGUUUUGUUCUCAACUGGUCAAGUCCAAGUACCCUGACGUUAAAGUCAGCAGACUGACCAGAGACGACCAACUGGGGCCAAAAGACUUCCAGAAGUACCGGCUCAUCACCAAACAGGGAAUCCUCCUGGUGCGCUUCCGUGCUGAAGACCUAAAAUUACGCCUUGGUGAUCUCGGGCCCAAUAUCAGUGUAGCAGGAGAGGCUCUGUCCACCGCAAACAUCCCGGUCCGCUUGGAGCCAGCAGAAGUGCAUCAGCUCUUCUUAAGCGAUGUGCUAAUGCAGGACGUCCUACCCAAUGCCACCAUCGUUCAAGACUGGCAGCCCUUCAAGCCUCUGCCCAGCAACAUGGCCAUCCUGAUGAAGAAGGACAUCGAUUGGAUGGUCGACGAUGCCAAGCGCCCAACCAUGACCAGCUUGUGCACCUUCCCGUUUCACGUGCCAAUCGGUGACGACUGGUACUACCUCAACAUCGACAUGUUUGGUAAAGACCUGACGCUGGCCAUCCAGCAGCUGCUGUGCCACCUGAGGCGCCACACUGGCACUCUGAAGGGUUACGUCAUGUGCCAGGUGUUCAUGGAGCCUGCGCUGUGGAAGCCGAUGGCUGAAUUCUUUCGGGAGACCCUAAAAGUGGAGCUGGUCAAGGAGUACACGGAGCAGUGCGUAGUGGAGUCCGACGUCAUUUAGUCGACCAGCUGCAGAAACACUUUCCCUUCAAAUUAGAUGCCAAACCUAAAUAGUAAACAAAAGGAAAUUUAACAGCUCUUUCAAAUAUGGCACCUAUAAUAUCUACUUUAAAGGGACGAAAAAAGCUUCAGUUCUAUUCCGCUUAAUGAAGACGCUAUCAUAGGAUUUAAUUUAUUUUAACGACAAUUAAUGAGUAAAUUAACGAAUUAAAAACGAAACGCAUGUAAGAGAACAAACUAGAAUAAACGUAGUAGACGCUUGUUUAGGUUACCUAAUUUAUUUCCAUAUGCAGUACUGUAAACGGUGGCGCUGACAGGACAGGGACCGGGAAAGAGGGGAGCGGUUUUAGAUUAUAUAUAUAUAAAAAUGGGGACCCAAACUGUUCCAGGCCUGUUUAUUUCUGUCGGCAUCGCUGACAGUGAAAGCAUAUUUACUCAUGCUGAGUUGAAAAGAAAACUGCACAAUCUUUAGGGCACUUUAUGAAAAAACAAAUAAUACUAAUGGGAUCUCACUUUAGUGUCUGUUGCUUUUUAAGAAGGUGGCACUGUAGCUGCUAGUGUAUUUGGAGGGAAAAACAAACAAAACAUUUUAAUGGGACUUUAUGACAGCCCAUAUAUAGAUCGAAAUGUUCUUUAAAGGCAGUUUGAAUUGACUUGAAAUAGCUACAAUUUCCACAUUGGGAAAUGGACUCUCAGAAUAGACACCUUUCUGAUGUGCUCCUCGUAAAAUUGUCUUUAAUAGUCGUUCCUCUAGAAGUACUUCGCAGUGCUUUUAAAACUCGGUAUCAUAUUAUAAAUGUCUGGCUUAUACAUUUAGAUGACAGUCUCAUGUUUUUUUGCUUUAAGUACUUGAACCUGUUUGCUAAAAUGAAGUAUUUGUACCUAACUGUAGUUUCAAAGUGCAAUUUCAAUAAUACACUGGAAUAUUGCUAGAAGUACAUUCAGUUAGAUACUAUUAAUAACUAAUAAUGAAACAGUCGUGUUUUUUUAUUUCAUUCAUAUUUUAUUUUUUAACAUAAUUAUAAUCUGUUUGACAGGAUCACAAUUAAAUACAGAAGGCAGGUCAAUUAAAUUUAGGGAUCCACCAUUAGGUUUAAAACUAAAUCAGUGUAGGCAUCACUAUAUAGUGAUUUUCCUCAAUCAAGUACCUAUGAAUCAGAAGAAACGUGAUCUUAAGGAAACACGAGUUCUGGAAAUCAGGAAACAAAAAUCUCAUUUUCUGGACAAUCGGAAAACUGAGCAACACCAUCGACAACCACUCUUUUUUUUCUUUAAGCAAUCAGGAAAUGAAAAUCUUAUGUUCUGGACUAUUGGAAAACUGACCAAGUGACAACCACUCAUCUACACAGAUUUUUAUUUAAUUAUUUAUAUUCCUUAAUCAGGAAUCGGAAACAUGAGCAAAACAAGAUGCUCAUCUCUACAGAUAUGUUUUUUUUAGAUCGACAGUGCUCAUUUUUAUAACACAGAACAUACAGGACAUAAUGUCCUUCAACCGGCUUUGUUUUGAAAGAAAGUGAAGUGAAUAAUUACCAACAUGCAUAAAGAAGAACAGAAAUUCCUCACAAGUUAUUUUGCGGUUAAUUUGCCCCAAACGCAGAUUGAAGGAGGAUCUUUUCCCUGAAGCACUGAAUGACAGACACACAUCAGGAAACGCGAAUACUCAUUUUCUGCUUAUAACUGGAAGGUUAAACGCAACAUCUUUCAUUAGUGUAUAUACAUUUAAUGUGGAUUUUGAGUUUCAGAAUCGGAUUCUUCAUCCACAAAAUUAAUUUCUUUAUUCUUUUUGCUAAUGAUGUGUCUGGUGGACUUCUUUUGUGCCCUUUUAUGAACUCUCCACAUCCACUGACGGAAAAGGAGGCCUCCACUCCUCCUUCAUUUGGACACAGGCAUUAUGGGACUUGUAUUGCGGUCAGAAUUCAUAAAUGGCAAACAGGCAGCCUUUUUUAUUUUUAGAGUCAUGGCAUUUUACUGAUUAUUAAGUGAAAUUCAAACGGCAGUUUCUCACAUUUGUAUAGGUGUACAUAUAUAUAAAUGUAUAUGGUUGAUUUGAAAGGGAAUCUUUGUUCAUAUCUCAGAAUCCUUCAUGCCGGCUGUGUGCUUUCAGAGGAAAGAUCAGUUUCAAAAAUAUACAUUCGAGAAACACAAGGAAUAUGCUUCGGUUUUUCAAGAAAAUUACAUUUUCUCAACUCCAAACGGUUUCUUUUGGCCUUUAAAAGCUACUAAAUGCAACCUUGCUACUUUUAAAUAACCUAUUUCUCCUCUCAAGCACUUGUCAUGAUGGAUUAGAGACCCAAAAUGUGUAUUUUUGUGUUUGUACAUAGUGCCGUGCAUUUAGAUUUUAAUUGUGAUGUAAUCGGUCAUUUUAUUUUUCAGGUUUGGUCACUAGCCUCAUAUUUCGCUGUUACUUUUCUUUUGCCACUUUUAUUCUGCUUGACAUCUGAUCCAGUAGUCAUUUAAGAUUAUUUCUCUCUCUUUAUUUGUUGUUUUAAUCUUUCAACUCCACCAUUUAGCACUUCUGAUAAUCUAAUUGCCUUUCUAAGUAUUUGUGAAUUGUGCAGGAGCUUGUAACUCAAUAUUUUACACAGGUCCCGGUGCCAGGGCCAUGAGACUAUAAAAGGUUAGAGGCAUGUGACCACCUGAUGGCGAAGCGAAGUAAAGGAUACUUGCCCCUUGUUUCGCUGGCACGCAAGGAGUGAACUCUAAACCCAUUUCUUUCAAUUAUGAAGUGGCUUUUCACUUUCUUUUUCUGGAAUGGAAAAAAGAUUGCAGGGAGAGACGUGAGAGAUUGAAGCUGGGGCUAGGAAUAGAUGACAAUGUGAUCCAGAUCAUGUUACCACUCCAAAUAGGAGUAAACGUUAAUUUUGAAUUGUGACAAUGACUAGGGACUAUUGCAAGGAAUUAUUUACAAUGCUGUAUUUGUGAUAUAAAAAAGGGAAAUAAUCUUUAGCCAGAGAGGCAAUCGAGCCUUGUGUUUGUAAUAUGUGCCAUCGUAUAUCUCAGUAUUUAGAAGGACAACAUAGGUUGACCACCCUAAACGGGACACUUGUAUUUAGUUACCCAGGCUCAAAAGAAAAAGAUGUGGAUUUGGCAAGAUUUUUGUAAAACUUCUCAAAAAAUAAAAAAAUCUAUACAAACAAUAUGUUGCAGUUUGAGAUAAGAUAAACACAUUUCAAGCAAAUUAUGAUAACAGUGUUGUCUCCUCAAAAUGUACUGUACAAAUCGAUUAGUUGACUGUAAAUAAAGGUGAGUAAUCCCAAUGCGUUCAAAGUAUUUAUUAAAUGAACUGCACUGCCAGUCAAAUGUUUGGGGUCAGCUUUUUUUAUUAUAAUAAUAAUUAAAAUUAGAGUGAUUUCUGAAGGAGCAUGUGACUCUAAAGACUGAAGUAAUGAAGCUGAAAAUUAAUCUUUAAAAUCACUGGAAUAAAUGAUUAAAUAAACUAUAAACUACUUUUGAACAGUUAUUUUAUAGUGCAAUUACAAUUUGUACUGUGUUUUUGAUUAAAUAAAUGCAGCCUUGGUGAGCAGGAUCUAGCAUCGACAACUUUUUCAUGCUUAAGCCGUUAAUGACCUUACUCAGAUAAAGGAAAACCGGUUAACGGUGCACACAAUCAAAACAAAGCAACUGCAAAAAUGUGGCCACAGGCACAUAUUUUUUCAUGAGCCUGGGUUUGCUUUGACAGAUUCAGCACUACAGCAGUACCUCGAGUGCUAAGACACACAAAAGCUAAUAUAUACACAGACACUGGUUAUCCUGUAUGUCUGCGGGCCAGCUUAAGUUUCAGGCCUCGUCUCAGAGUAAGUGAAACCGGAUAGUGAGAGUGUCAUCUUGCGUAGAACAAGGGUUCGCCCCAGACUCCCUUUACCUUCCACCUGAUCCCUAUCAGCCUGACACAUGGAAAGAGUGAGCAGGAGAGCUUAACACAAGAAGCCCUGUCAUAUGCAGACCACCUAUUCCUGGUUUUACAUCUUGCUUAUAUGGCAUCUUUUGCUUUUUGUUUUCCUGACUGCUUUGUAAUGUUUCUGAAGGGCUUUAAGUGUACUAGAAUCAGCUGUGUUUUGUAUGUUUUACGAGGGGAAAACCACCAGGGAGAUUUCCAAUUUCAAGUCACUAUUUGAACGUUACAAAACUGAAAACAUUAACUGAAUCGGCGGGUCAUCUCACGCUGAUUUGCACUAUCAGAGCUUCGACUCUGCUUCUCCCUUGUUUUCCAUUGAAAAAGAAACAAAACCCCAUAGUGUCUGUACACAGAUGCUUCUGAAAUGGCUUAAACAACGCAGGUAUUUUUCACCUGUGGCGCACUAUGCCAUUUUUUGUUCCAUUUGAUCUACAAAUCUCGUGCGGUAUUUGGAGGUAAAAUGCAACUGGAUCCCAAUGCAAACUGUAUUUUAUCUCAUGCCAUGUCAGAAUCAUCAUGCUCCUAUGGGAUUAAGCGUUCAUCCGGCUGUUCUGAUGUGCUGCACUUUAUACUGUAGAUAUAUGUAGAUAUUCCAAAGCACAGUUGGGAUCUUCAUUAAACCAUCGGUGUGUGUUGCUGUAACAGUCAUGGUCAUUCAGUGGAUCUCACUCACACAGAAAUCUUUUUGUUUCCAUUUGAGAAUGUUUUUUAAUCUACAAAGCUCCAUCUUAUUGACCAUGGUCUGAAUAAACCACACUGUACCGUUCUGAAUAAACCGCUGGUGGACAUGUUAACCACUAUCAGCAAAGCAGGGACCAUGAUUUCUACAGACCUCAAGAAGGUGGUUGUGGUUUGAAUGUCCAUGUCAUUCAUUCUCUUGACGCAGCAGUGGCUGUUGAGUUUGUUUUUACUCAAGUCUUCCCAUUAGCCCUGGAUACAAACUGGGUGUCUUGUUUUGUGUGUUUGUGCAUUCGGAAUAUACAUAUGAUGGGAAACCAAUGCUUCUAGGUGAGGUUUUCCAACACAGGCUCAUUCUGAAAACGUAGCCCUAUAUACAUUUCUGAAGAUCGCGAAUUAUGUAGCCUGAGCAACUUAUGGCUGCAUUUCGACUUUAAAAUAAACGCUAUGGGACGGUAUGAUGUCAUUUCUUUUCGUGCUUACCAGCUGACCGCUUACCUCCGUAUGGACGUCUUUUCCGCUGUUACCAGUUUAUCCGGUAGCUCGACAUGUAGGUCAGCAGACUUGAGAUGCAGAGAGGACUUGACCGUGACAACGGGGUUCGAGUUUGAAGAAGAACGGUUUCAGAAAACAGGUAAGACAAAAACAAAGCUAAAAAAUAAAAUAAACAAGUAAAUAACAGGGUGCGAACAUGGUAAAAUCUGAAAACGUGGUAAAAAUCUGGGGGCUUUUCUUUUUCUGAAUGCUUUUUAAAAGACUGCGGUUGGGUUUUGGGAAGAGGGUGGGUGGUUUAAACGUUGCUUUUUAAAACACUAUUGGUUGGGUUUAGGGAAGGAGAGGGUGGGGGUAUCGGUCGGUUGGUCAGUCAAUAAAUCAGUCAGUCGACAGCGACCUCUGGUGGAUUUAUGCAAGAACAGCAGGCACAAAUGGCACUCGCAAGGGAAAUUAGACAUUUGAAAAAAGCCUACACAGUGACACUCUGGUGGACACGUAAAAACAAAAACUGCAAAAAAAUGCAGCUCCUGGGACGUAUUUUGCUCUCUCCAGAAAUGAAUAUAGGUGUACGUAAUCAGAAUGAGCCUGUGUUGAGAUUUUCAUAAAAAUAACAACAACAACAACAACAACAACAACAAAAGAACUCAUGGCCAACUGUCAAUCAAGAGGGUGCAUACAGUUUCAAUGCCAUAGGCAUUCUGAUUAUGUGAAAACUGUUUCAUUUUUUAAAAGUUUUUUUUUAUUAUUAUUACCCAAUAUGACUGCUUAUUCUCAAGCAGUGAUGUGACAACUAAUGGAAAAGUAUUUUAGUAUUUUGUUACCUUUGUCUGUUUCAUUUUUCAAAGAUUGUGAGAGAUGCAGAACUAUUUUAAAUACAGUAAUUUUUUAAAAACCUUAUAAUCCAUGAGAGGUUUUUGAAAUGUGCAUGUUGUGUGAUUGGGUGGGGAAGGGCUUUACAUUGAGCAUGUGACUAGAUGUACACCGAGCACAAACCCUAUACUAAUACAUUGACAUUUACAACCUGUCAGACUGGAAUCGGUGAUAACGUACCAAUUAAUGGUGGAACAAGUUUUUGAAAAGGGUAUUUUAAAAAAAUGCUAAGGGUAAACUUUUUCUCCUUUUCUUUAGCCAUGAUAUACAUUUUAGAAACUACAGGCUAUAAUUGUAUAAAAUAACUUUUUUUUUUUGUUUUGUUUUGCUUGCAGUAUUGUGGUAAUUGUGUGCAUCUCUAUAUACCUAGUUCUUUGUAUACUUAACAAAUAGCUCAGCUUGAAUAUUUUAAUAUACAAUACAUAUUUACAAAUGUUUCCAAAACUAGAACAGCAGCAGUUUUCGUGUGUGAAUUGUAAACUAAAAACUGUAAUUUGCUAUUAUUUAUGUAUUUAUGUUUUGUUCUAUGAUAACUUGAGUAUGAAUUCUGGGUGUCAAACUUCAUUUGCAAAAACUAAUUUCAUUCCCUAUUCGUUUAAUUCAAGAGUUGAAAUUUGCCUUUAAUGUUAAAUGUACCAACGAAUGUUAGUAAGAAACUGUAAAUGGGUGGAUGAUCCAGAAUGGUCAUCCAGGAUGAUCCAGAAGCAGAUUAUAAUGUGGCUCGGCAUAUGGUACGCAGUAACCUUAUCUUAAGUAAUGGAUAUGCCAACGAAACUAGUCUGUGCUCUACUGAAUAUUGUAACAUUGUGUUUGUUUAAUAUGUAUAGGACAAAGUUCCUGCACUUAAGUUUUUGUUUAUAUCUCUAACAUCGAAGAGUAUGUACAUAAUUUAUGUAAAAAGCAAAUCUAGAAGGCGUCAAGUGGGACGAGUUAUUCUUUUAACAAUUUCCCAAAGAUCUUUCAAAGAUGUUGAAUGCAGUAGAAAACACAACUGUUUUCUUUUUGUUUUCUUUUCAUUCUUUUUUGAAAGCCCCAAAUCCAUCCCAAUUCAAUACACAGCUUUGAAAAAGCCCCCAAAUUGUGAAAUUCUGGACUUCCUUUGAAAAAAAAAAUUGUACGCUGAAUUUUUUUGGGAGCUUAAAACCAGCUCGGUUUUGUUUUUAAGACUGAAGCAUGUGAAUGAAUUCAAACAGCGUCACUGCAGUCUUCUGGUUAAUGUCACCUUUUGUUGUGUUUUUCUUUCACUUUACCUUGUGCAUAAGCAUUUACCAUUUUAAAUUUGAACUAGUUUUUCUUUAUGUUGUUAGAGUGUUUGUCAUUUACCAUUGUAACACCGUAACCGCAAUGAGCUCUUAUGCAGUAACUCCUUUGCAAGAAUGAAAAUAUGGCAGAUAACAAACGGCUUUCUUUGUAGACCUGUGACUAAUAUUUUGUUGAUCAAAUGAAUUUGUAAAAGGACUUUGCAAUGCAGUUUAUCAGGAUGAACAACAUGUAUCUAAGCAGCAUAGUUUCGCUAAGUGAUGUUUUGAAUUGAUGUAUUAGUGUAAGUGUUUUAUUUUCCAAAUUGUUAAUCGAAGCGUAGAGAUAUUUGUGUGUGUCUACCUAACUGUAUAUUGUACUGCUAUUUAGCAAUAAACAAGCAAACGAACAAAAAGAAAAGAAAAAAAGAAGAAAAAAAAGAAAGAAAAAAAAAAUCACUAAACCAACCUUUAAGCAAACAAGGCAUAGAAUGAAUGAGCCGCAUAUUCAUUUUUGUAAAUUAUGCAUUACAAUGUGCAUUAGCAUAAGCUCAGCAGAUGCUUUCAAAGUGACCUACAGUACAACACACAGCACACAAAUCAGGUUACAGACAAAUGCCAGGACCAGCAGCUGACAAUACACAAAAUACAUGCCAAUCUAGGCCUUAGUCAACGAGAAGAUACUCCUGACCAUUGCAGGCGUAUGCGCACUUGAAUUGCUUUGACUGCUAGUGGGGAUGCUUGGUAAGAGGCUGCUAAUCAAGUUUGUUGUUUGUUAAGCGUGUUUCAUUUCUUUCCUUGAGGAUCAUGUUGAAGGGGUUUUACAUCUUUGAUGAGCUGUUAUGUUAAUGAUGGACUCUUUAGUCAGCGCUCCCAAAAAUAAAACACAACCCAGUGCUGCAUUGAGGCAUUAUUAAAGGGAUAGUUCAGCCUAAAACUGAGAAUUCUGCCAUUUACUCACCCUUCACUCGUUCUAAACCUCUUUGAGUUUUUGA